UUCAAAGUGAAGAUGUGGUUACUGGCCACCCGAACGCCUUCAUCACAGGGAAUUGGUCAGCCUCGUCAUUGCGGUGACUCCACUUGCCGUUCGUCUUGGAGUUAAGGUGGAUAUCGACGGCCAGCAUGACCGUGCUGUGGUAGAUCUGCAGCCGGUUGCGCUUCGCAGAGUCCUUCUCCAGCCAUGAGAGCGACUCCACAUCCGGUACAAACAACUUUUCCGGCAACACAUUGUUUAGAAUCCCCACGAGUGAAAGCAAAACAUCCGACGCUCCCGUCUGAAAUGGGAUCUCCACACUUGUACCGGCUUGCCCAUAUCCUUCACGCAUGUUGAAGUAUCUGAUACCGUGUCGAAUUUUCGGCUUGACGCUGAAAUACUCGCAGUUGGUUUUGGCACAAAGUUUCUCGGCGGCUGCGAUGAGUCCGUUGACGUCCUGCUCCUUGGCGCCUCGAAAUACUGCAGCUGUUCUACCUACAUUGCACCAAGGGGUCAUAUCGGAAACUUCGGUGGCGAUUACUGCACCACCCGACGGACAUGCGUCCAGCUUCAGCAAGAAAUCCUCGAUAUCUUGUGGAGUCUCAGCGUACACGAGCGUAUCGAUCGGCUGGUCCACAUUCGCCACCUUGUUGCCUCGACCUAACUGGUGGUCAAAUAUGAACUCUCUCAAAUCUAGUGCUGAUCCCUUAGUCGCUGCGUACUCCUUGCUGGGUAAUGAGGGAGCUGAGAAGGCCACUUUCCCCCCGUACGUGUUCAAAUUCAAAUAUUUCCUCAUCACAUGGGAAAGAUGCAUAUCUUCCGAUGUCGCCCAGGACGGCAUGCGCUCCUUCAUAAAAUACUCAAGCCACGUCUGUUCCAGAAACCACAUACCACUGAGGUAGUCCUGCUCCUCCAUGUCGGUGACUGCGAGAUCAUAUCCAACACUCGGCCAGCUUCUGUAACCUUCGAACGUCGCUGCUCGCCGAUGACCGAAGUUCCCCCACACACCCUUCUGGCGCUGCAUGUACUGGAUGUAGUCAUACACAGUCGUGGAAUCAAUGGGACGGUCGUCAUCCACGAUCAAAACGUACUUGGUCGUCGCCAUGUAUGCCAGCAGGAAGCGUCCGUGAAACUUAUGGUUAAAGUCGGAUGUUGUGACUUUUAUUUGGCUGUCGCGGUCAGGAUAUUCGAUACGGAUAGCACUGACGACGGUCUCGUACAAGUGCCACUUUGGUGAGUUGAAGCACAUGAUCCACACUUCCGGUGGCACCACAUUCUCUUGAUUGAGAGCUGCCUCGAGUUGUGUCCUUAGCGCCUCUGGUUCACCUCGGUAGACGUUGAAGACGAUGGUAGUUGACGUGUCGUUGGUGUCGAAGUUGGCUGUGUAGAACUCUUCGUUCAUUGCCAAAGUCUCGCGAGUAGGCUCAGUUGGUUCAGCAAGCGAGCUGUUCGCCAUGGUAUGAGGUUGACCGUUCUGCCGGAGAAUUGGAGAAUGCUUGAGUGACACGAUGUUGACGUUGUGAGCUUCUCCUCCGAUUGCUUUGAAGACCCAAGUGCCAAUCAUGAAUCCCAUGGAGAAGCAGAUGAGUAGCCACGCGACGAGACCGAAGUGCGCUUUGAAGUCGCGAUGAGAAGGCUGUUUCAUACUAGCGCUGAUGUUAACGGGAAAUCGCUUCGGGGUAGCAGAUUUCGAAGUGAGUUCGGGACGGGGCGCUAGUAGUUGAAAUGCUAUCGGUGUAUCAAUUUGGCGGCCUAUUGAAACCAGUAGCGUUCACGUGGUAGCGAUCGACGCAAGUAUGACGGCUCUAUUCUAUCGAAUUAUGAGUCAGGGUACAACGUAAUGUAGUAAAAGGCUGAAUGGAUUACCUCAACUGUUUCACUCUGUUUGUAAACAAAUAAUACGG